GUUCAAUAAUGAACUGCGCUGCAGUUGCCAAGGGAAUGUCCAUUCGAUUAUACAAACUCAGGCCACAAAUGCAACAGCUUAUGAUAUUAGUCCUCGCGGCUAUCACUAUCUGCUGGCCUGCUGGCCGCGUCUCAGGCCAGACGCCGCAGACCUGCUGGGUGUCGGUGGCGGAGAACGUCACCGGGCUAACCGGCAUCGAGUACACACGCCCCGCCCGCGCCACAGAGGCGGGUGGCGGCGAGCUGGUGUUGCUAUCCCUGCGGCAGUCGCUGGUGGCUUACUCGGUGGCGCAGGGGCGGGUGGCGUGGCGGUUUGCCUGGCAGCCGCUGACGGAGGUGAUGGCGGACGGCGACGUCUUCAGCUACCCCAUACGGCAGGACGGCGCUUGUCCCCUCGCACUGGAUGAGUCGGCGGGUUUGGUGUACCUGGGUGCGGGUGACCGUGUGCUGUAUGCGCUGGAGCUGGCCACGGGCCGCCAGCGCUGGUCGUGGCGCUCCAGCCAGGCGUUUGAGAGUGUGGUGUGCGGCGGCGGCCGUGUGCUGGCGUCCACGGAGGACUACCGGCAGGUGGGCCUGGACGGCGCCAGCGGGCAGCUGGUCUGGCAGCUGCAGUUCAGGAGGCUGUCGUCGCCGCAGACGGGAGUGUUUGAAGGCGUGCUGGUGCGGCCGGAGCAGAGCGGGAGCCUAUGGGGAAUAAACUCUACUUCAGGACAGGUGAUGUGGUUGAAGGCGCCGCUGCGGAGGGUGCCAAUAGUCAACUUCUUUGACGCCAUGCCGUACGACCCCGACACCGGGCUGUUCUUCGUGUCGGAUGACGCGGGCUGGCUGUACGCGCUGCAGCUGCGGACCGGUGCGGUGGCCUGGGAGGCGGACGUGGCCAGCCAACAGUCCAGCAAGCGCUUGAGUAAUGUUGCCGCUGCUAAUGGGCGCGUGUUCGCGCUCUCCAGCGUCAAGCCUCCGGGGGAGCCGGGGCCGAGUGCCCAUGCAGUCGCAUUCAACGCCAGUACAGGGGCGGUGCUGUGGGAGCAGUCGGGGCUGGGCUCGUGCGGUCCUGGCGGCAUGCAGGUGCUGCCGCAGCGGGGUGCCGUGCUGCUGGGCCUGACCAGCUCGUGGGGAGGAGCCACCUGGCCCAUACAGUACACUGCAGCGGACGAAGCCACUGGAGCCACCCUGUGGACCCUGCCCAUGGGCGGCCGCUUCUGCGCCUCGACGCCCCAGUACCUGCCUGGUUCGGACCUGCUGCUGCUCGCCGCCCUGUCAGAGGACCGCAGAUCACUGGAGCUCACGACUGUGCCCGCGGCCCUGGGCCGCACCUGCCCGCAGCGGCCCGCAGAGCAGGACACGGAUGCUGGCGCUUCGACACCCCCAUCGCCGCCUCUGAUGCCGCCCGCGCCGCCGCCACCGCCGCCUAAAGGGCCUGCCGACUACUGCUGGCGUGCCCAGCUGUCUCAGCUGCCCCUAGCUGACCCCGCCACUGACGGCGGGCGCGUGUACGCACAGGAUAACAGAGGCAUGGCCAUUGCGGUGGACGUGCGCACUGGCGCUGCGGCGUGGAAGUCUGCUGCGUGCGGCCUGGACGCCUUCUGGCCCGGGUCCCCGCUGGUGUCGGGCGGCGUGGUGUACUUGAUCUGUGCAACCUCGCGCGUGCUCGCGCUCAACGCCACUACCGGCCGGCUGCUGUGGCGCACCCGGCCUAUCUGUCAGAUGCCCCACGUCAAGCCCGACCGCACCUGCACACCCUUCGGCUCGUACGGCCAUCCGGACAUCUCACACCGUCUGGGUCUGGUGUACUUUGGCGGACCAGACCGCUCCUACUACGCCUUUAACAUCACUACAGGCGAGGAGGUUUGGAACUACUACGAGGACAACACGCUAGCGACCUACGGCUCCUCUGUGGGGCUGCUGGACGGGCUGCUGUAUGCCGUGGCUAUCGCGGACAAUGAGGUCGACAUGAAGCUGUUGGCGCUCAACGCGACAGACGGCAUGUUGGUGUGGUCGCGGCUAGCGAGCGGAGCAACCCGUGACAACGGUGUGCUGCAGUUCGUGAAUGGCACUCUGGCUGUGGGCACCUCGGGCGGCGAGCUGCGGCUGUUCAGUGUGGGGCUGGAGGGCGGUGACAUGGUCUGGAGCAUGCCCGCCACUAGCAGUCCUAUUAGCGGUGUGGAGCGGCAUGGCGACACGCUGUAUUUUGGCGAUGGAGACGGCUGGGUUCGGGCCGUGUCCAUCUCCCGCACCGCCUUGUUGUGGGAGGUGUCGACAAUGGACUUGCCGGAGCUUGAGGGAUUGCCUGUGCCGAUCAACGUCAUACAGCCACGGCCCGUGUACUCCCAAGGCCGGCUGUACGUAACGUGUGUGGCUGGACUGCUGGUGAUGGAUGCGGCCACGGGCAAGGUGCUGUGGGCGGACCUCAGUCAGCGCAGUCUGGCGUCCCCCCUGGUCAUUGAGCGGCCUGAGGGGGCGCAGGUAGUGAUUGGGCAGUACCUCGAUAAACUGGUCUCACUAUCUCCCAACUGCAACGCUGCUGGCCGCGGUGCGACAACCCUCACGUUCCUCAACUCGCCUCCACCACCUCCGCGGCCGUCGCCGCCUUCACCGCCGUUGUCUCCUCCAUCUCCUCUCACCAUGGACCCACCUCCUCCCACUCCACCGCCAGCUUCCUUUCCAACACCCGCCACCUCUUCUCCUGCACCAGUCCCCAGCCUUGCCCCCGCCGUAAACGCCACGACGUGCCCCGUGUGCCCCCUACCAGCGGCCAAGUGCAAUGCUGUUCCCUCUCCGAACGGCAACUCGAACCGCCUGCGUGUGUCCCUCGGCCUGAGCGGUGUCUCUGCCAAGGCCCUCAAGGCGGACAGCAAGGCACAGGCCGGGCUGGCAGCCGCGGUGGAUAAGGUGGCAGGUGGCAGUGGGGUGCGUGUGGAGGUGGAGUCUGUGUCUCCACCUGGCGGCGGCAGUAGCGGUGCGUUGGCGGUAGUGCGGCUGCGUGUGGAGGUGCAGGGCGGCAGUGGGCGUGUUGCAGACGUGGUUGGGGCUCUGGAGGCGUCGAUGCUGGAGGGCAGAGGCAGCAGUGUGGGGGGUAGCUCCAACUCCAAGGUGCCUGUGUCGACCAUGCAGGCGGCACUUGCAGUGGCGGCGGUUGGCGGCAGGGGGCAGCAGCAGGCACUAGCAGCUGCACGCGUGCGCACACUUGUGGUAGUGCGUGACGAAUAGUGCUAGAUAUGGGUGCUUGAGGUGAUGGACUGGCCGCUGAAGUGGGUUCGGGAGCUAGUAUGCGUUACGGUACACUGCUCCCACGAAGAAAGCAAGGUCUUGAUGUGUACGGCAUGCAUGCAAAAGGUAUGACAAAAUGCGGUCCCCUGGGGAUGUGUAAUUCAUAUGCUGACGCUUAGUAGCGGGCCGUGUGCUAGUUUUGCAGACGCGAGGCUGAUGGAGGUUCAUGGUGAGUUGCAGCAAGCGUGUGUGUUGCUUGCAGGCGUGUUGCGGCUCGGGGGGGCUUCCGUGCACAAGUCAUGAGGGCCGUGUUUCGAGUUGUUACUUGUUGUCUUAGCUGCUCAAAGGAUACGGUGAUGGCGCACUGCACACCUGCGGCCCUGGUCCCGGGGUCCAGUGUAGCUGUCAGCUCGUAGCGCUUGCUGUACACGCGCAGGAGCCCA